GGUGGCGUGGGCGGCCUGUGGGCGCUAGGAGUCAUGGAGGGGGCUGAAGGCUGCGUCCUGCCGCAUGAACCAAUUCCGGCGCCGCCCAUGUUCAGCGGGGAGUCGCCGGGUGUGGCGGACACCACCUCGGAGGAGGAGUCGCUGUACGGCGGCCUGCUGGAACGCCUGAGGGACACGCCGAAGGAGGAGGAGGCGUGGCCUGGCCUGCCCCGCAGCCAGAGCUACUCCGAGGGCAGCCUGCAGCAGGCAUCGGCGCCUGCACUCCCGCACGCCCAGAGCCACCAUGCCCUACUGGAGGACGCAGAGCCGCCUCCGCCGCAGCAGCAGCAGCAGGGAGGGCAGCAAGAGGGGUCCCACUCGUGCCUGCACGCCCUGCACACCGUGGUGGCGUGCCAGCAGGAGCAAAUCCGCGUGCUGCAGGGCACACUGCGUGACUUAGCGGCCACCUACACGCGGCGCGAGCGUUCGCUGCUGGCCCGCCUCACCGCCCUACAGCAGGGGCGCCCAGCCAGCCCCACCAAGGUGAACGGGCAGGAUGUGAGCGGUUUAAGUCACACGGAGGCUGUCCAAGUGUUCCAGGAGGCGGAGGAGCCAAUAAUGGUGCAGGUGUUGCGUCGCCCCCACAACAACAACACCCAGCAACACCCGCCCUCCCCGCAGCCCGCCCCCCGCACCCCCACUCUUGCCGGGGAGGAGGGGAGAGAGAAGGAUGAAAGUGAUGAUGGUCUGAACAACACUACUGGGACACAGACCGAGAUCUCCCUGAUGGGCGUGAGUGAGUGGGAGGUGGCGGCGUCAGCGUGGGCGGCGGCGGCGGGCGUGGGCGUGGCUGUGGGGGACGGGAGUGACUCAGAUUCUCCUGACGGCGACUACAUCUUCCCCGGCGACCUCCCGCAGUCCAUCUCGCAAUAUUUGGAGCAGGAGAUUGACUUGGAGGAGAUCAUAUUGGAGAGAACAUCGGCGGAGGAGAAGCUUGGUCUUACUCUUUACUACAGCAGCCCCGCGCCCCCGCCCACGCACGUCGCUGAGCAUGAGGUGGAGGGGGCGGAGGACGAGGGCGGGGGCGAGGAUGGGGCGGGGCAGCAGGCGUACAAGGGCGUGGUGACGGAGGUGCUGGUGUCGCAGAUCGAGCAGGGAACAGUGGCCAGCAGAAACGGUCGCUUGAGAAUAGGCGACCAGAUUCUACAGAUUAAUGGCGUUGAGCUGACCACCAAGACACAGACGGAGGAGUUGUUUGCUCAGUGCGGCACCAAAGUCAGUCUGCUCGUCUCCCGCACCCAGUACUACGAUGAGGACGACCUGGUGGAAGGCGAGGUACUGGAGGACGUGGUGGAGGAAGAGGAGGAGGUGGAGCUUCUUGAGGCGAACUCCGAAUUCCUCACAAGCAGGUCCCCGGUGUUGUCUGUGAGGAGCAGCAACAGUGGUGACAGCAAGAAGAUCUCCCAGGAGGACUCAGUGCGUGCCAGCACCACCAGGUCCUCCUCCUCCUCGUCCUCCUCCUCCUCCUGUGAGCGCAAGCCUUCCAAGAGAGACUCCUCAGCCUCAUCCACCUCAUCCAGGAGUUCACAGGUGAAGGUGGCUGGUGCUGCCACCAUAGACCGGGAGAUGGCCGUGCUGGGGGAGAAAAUGGCUGAGCUGGCACAGGAGUGUGAGGAUAUGGAGGCGGGGCGGCGGGGUGGCCCCAGGGAGGUGGAGGCCCCAUACAAAGUUCCUCAUGAAGCACAGCAGCAGCAGCGGCGGUCACCAGCCAAGGGGUCUGUGUCGGGACGGCCGCCGGCACGGACGCCGCUGCCGGCCGGGUCCGAGUCGGAGCACAUCUAUGAGUCCAUCCCAGAUGCCAGCGAGUCUGAUGAGCCGAUCUACUGUGUCCCAUACGAGCCGGGCGGCACGGGGCGGCGCCGCACCCUGGGCCGGGCCAGCACCCAGCCCCGCCCACAGACCCAGCAGAAGAUGUUGCCACCACAGGCAGGCCGGGCUGGCCGGGGCAGCGGCACCAGCAGCAGCAGCGGCGGCAGUGUGCGGGAGCGGCGAGCGGCGGAGAGGAAGCAGUCUGUGGAAAAGUGGGUGAGAGAGAAUCCUCAGCCACGCUCACCUCCCUCCACCAAGCCCUCCCCGACCCCCCCAAAGCCCCAAGAGGAGCGGGACUCCUCCUCUGCCUACAAUACCGGCGACUCAACAGGCAGCACCCAUCAGGCCCCCGCCCUGGAGCUCAGCCUGGGCCAGGACCCCGCCCUGCGCCAGUCCACCCUCACCCUCUGCCCGCCCACACAUGACCAGUCUCUCCAGGUGAGCCUCGAGUCCGACACAUACUCCGCCAUUUCCUGUGACAGCUGCCGCCGCUGCAUGAGGCUUCCCCCGCUGCACGCGUCCCUCCCACACAAGUCUGGCGGCAGCGGGCGAGGCCACGAGUCAGACCAGGCCCCAACCGCCCCCCAGCCUCCGCCCCAUAAGCCCCCUGGUGCCCCCCCAGACACAGAGAGCAACAGGAACUACGUGACCUUCCUGCCGGCGCAGACCAUGUACACCAACGCAGCCAACCUGCAGCAGACCAUCUGGCUCCAACAGCAGCUCUUCCGCCAGGCACUCAGCAGGGACACCACUGCCCCCUCCACCCCGGCCACCACCCCACGUGGCCUGCCGCCCCGUGCUCCGCCACGGCCCCACCACGACCAACCCGUCAAGAUGGAGUGGAAGGUGAAGCGCAGACCUGACGGCACACGCUAUAUCACACAGCGGCCGGUCAGGAGCAAGAUUCUGAAGGAGAGAGCGCUGAAGAUCAAUGAGGAACGCGCUGGACUCACCACUGACGAUGAUGCCAUGUCAGAGAUGAAGCUUGGUCGCUACUGGAGUCGAGAGGAGCGCAAGCGUCAUCUGGAAAAAGAGCGAGAGCGGAGACGGCGUCAUGAGCUGCUGCGUCGCCAGCAGCAGCAGCAGCAACAGCAGCAGCAGCAGCAACAGCAACAACAGCAGCCACAGCAACCACAGCCACAGCCCCAGCCAGCACAGUCUCAGGCUACCCCAGUGCACCUUCCCCAUGAUGACCCAGCGCCGGCCCCCCCACGCCCCAGCACCCUGGAGAAUGGCCUCCACCAGGCACUGUGGCGAGACCACUCCAGCAGGAGGAAGACUUCAGCCACCCUGGAUGCAUCCCACAGAAAGCCUCCCUCCUCCAGGAAGCGGGAAGUGGAGGAGCCGGCCUAUGGAACGAGGACCCCCAUGGUGCCCCUCAAUCCGCCCCCGCCGCCCCACCAGGCCAACCAGCAGAUGGUGAAGGGCCUCCUCUCCGUCACCACUGUCUGAGAAUACACCAAGACCUCGCGUCACACCAGUCACUUGUAGGCGUUUUCUUCCUUCUCACCACCAGCAAGGAGUCUGUCCCGCUGGCAGAUGUCCUCUGAUCCCUAAAGGUGAGGCUUCUGCUGUGGCAGACUCAGGAGCUGUGGUUUGAGAGGGAGGAGACGCUGCAGACCGUGAAUGGGAGUCUGUAUGUGGUGACGUCAGCGUCUUCUAUCUAUUUAUUGCUACGCCCUCUCUUCAUUACUGCUUUGUGGUUUGUGAAGUAUGGUGGAUGUCUGACUGUAUCUCAAAGAAAGUGUACGUACAUAUACAUUAUUAUCAAUACAUUUCAAAGUUAGUGGCAUUGCUUCCUUCAUUUUUAGUUUCCUAGGUAGAGUCAAGAGCUACACAAUAGUUUGGAUGGCAAGCAGACUUGACACAGCAGAGGACCAAAGAACCUCAUCUUGCAGAAUCUGAAUCAAAGUUUCCUUCAAAUCAACCCCAAAAUACUUUUAAGUAUUUCUGCUCAAUACAUAUUAAUUUACUAAUACAGUGACCACAAACUUGACAAAUCAAACGACCCUGAGGCAGAAUGAGAUUCAAGACCUUGCCAAUCUCACCACACCCACGCCAGCUUUGUAAGGAGUUGGAGCAGUCAUGGCCGACCAGAGUCACUCAUACCUUGGGUUUUGUGUUGCUGGUGAGUGCUGUGCUGGAGUUCACUCCCUGGCCAGCCUGGCUGUAUAUAUUUAUCACUGAAACAGCUGGUGAGUGACCACCCGGCAGGACGCCCAAAGCCACGGCACCACCAAGACCCAAGUGCAUUCAGUCGGCCCAGCUCUCCUCCCACUCUUGCUGCCGCUGCUGCUGCUCUCACCAGGCUUACCCAUUCACAUCACUUCAAGAAGCGAGUCUCUCACCACAAAGAUUCCUGAAAGAAUAUUUUAAAACUCUACUCAAAACCUGAAAAUAAGACUCCACAAUUACAAGUUUUUCAUUCCCUUAGAUAAACAAGGCAACAUUUACUGAAUUUCCUUAACUUGCAUCCCACACCAAAUGUACUGAGAACAUUUACUAAUUUAGGGAUUAGAUGUUCCCGGGACACUUUGUUGACUAGGAUCAGAAAGAAUAGUGACAAACAAUAUUCACAGAAAAAAAAAGCUUAGCGGACACCAGUGAGAGCAUUGGCACUUCUUCACUGGCCAGCAGUGUCCUGACAUCGCUUCUCACAUUGGCCGAGGUCUUGUGUGUAUUCCUCUUUUGAUGGCUGGCAGACGGACACAACUGUGGACUGUGAACUAUGUACACCUGUGGAGGCAUAAUGAUGGCUGGUUAAAGCUGAAGUAACCAAAUACAUCCCCUCCCUCCUCCCACAUCAUCCUCCAUCUAGCAUCCCAGCUGUUACUCUUAGCUUGUAUAGUUCAAUCUAGUUUUCUUCAUAGGUCUCUUGUAAAAAAACAGCAGAGGUUUGUACAGGAGAGAUUGGAGCAAUGUUAAGAAGAGAAUGGUAUGUGUAUUUGUGAAACAGGUUGAGGCUGUAAUUAUGAACCUGUUGUAGUGAUGCAGCAGACACAAGACACUGCCCUUGUGUCACGCUGCACAGUGAUAGGUACUGGUGACACAGGCUGCACUCACUCCUUACUGUGGACUGAUGCAAAGGACAGCCUGUAUUCUUGCCACACUGGUGAGUGAUGGAGAAGACAAAGGAUGCAUCAAGUAUCUGGUAGUGACUGGUGGCAAAACAAGACUGUAUUCCUCUUAUCACAAGCUGUUUCUCCUCCUGCAGUGGUGGAGCACACACAGGCUGUAUUCUCACACCCUGCUUGCUUAAUGAUGUAGUUGGCAACACGCUGGAAAAAAAAAUACAAAUGAAUGAAGAGGAGGCAAGCUUGGUCACUACAUGUUGAUACACACACACACACACACACACACACACUUAAGAGAGCCUGGUGAGCAUUACACACUUCCGGCUUGAGUCCAUUGACAAGUAAUGUAUAUAUUACUGAAUGCUGCUCAUACACACACACACACACACACACACACAGUUUAUCUAGCACAGGUGAUGUGUAGUGACAAUAAUCAAAAAGCUUUAAAGAAAUAUGUAGGAAACAAUUAAUAGAGAUUGAAAGAACAUGUGAAGCUCAAUUCUAUCACAAGUAGGGAGGAACGAACACACACACACACACACACACACACACACACACACACACAUUUGUUUUGUACUUGGUGUUUAUGUGUGUAAAAACAAAAACUAAAUAAAAUUAAAUAAAAAAAAGUCAGCAUAGCUACACAUGAAUUCCAAACAGGUGGCGCUGAGCAUUUCCGAGUGCUGGUUAGGUUUUGUACUUUCCUUGAUUUUGUCUGUGCCGUGUCUAUCAAAACAGCAUCAAAUUUCUGUGGCUUAGGAAAAAAAAAAAAAAAAAAGAAAAAAAAAAGCAAUAUUGAGCACACUUGCGUUGUAUUCUCACACUUUUGUCGUCUUGUCUCGCCUAACUUCAACAAGCUGUAGUGGAAGUCCUGUGGGCUUUCAAGGGUGUUUCUGUGACUGUGGUGGUAGUGUAAUGCACUCUUCACCAUUACUAUGAAGACAUCCAUGAAGACCCAAGCAGUUACUUCUGUGGUCUCUGGAAACAAUGGCGAGGCGAGACGGAACAAAGCGUUUCAGAGUACACGCCUUAUAUAGGUUUUGUUUUGUUGUUGCUCUUGCAAGGAUUAGUUUGCCUCAGUCUGGCACCACUGUGUGUGUCGAGGCAGCAACCGGAGCCUCCCCAGCACCGGCCGCCGCCAUUGUAACCACACCACUAGUCUCUCCCUUCUCCCUCUCCCCUUGGUGAUUUUUAAAAAUUUAUGCAUACUCUAUAUUGAUGUAUAUUUGUGUAUAGGAACAAAAGCUUUAUAUUGAAUAUGGCAAGUUAAGAAUAUGUUAUGCUUGAAAGUAAAUCAUUGAUAUUUGA